AUGGCCAAGCUGGAGGUCGACGUGGCGGAGGGGGAGUCCGCUUCGUUCCCCGCGCCGCUAAACCAAGGGCCCGUCGAGGCUCGCUCGCUCUCCUCCAUCACUGCGAUCGCAUCUAACCCGCCGAAUUAUCCUCGCAAUCCGGCGCAGAAGAAACUUGAUCCGCUUGUGUUGUAUAUUGUUAGGGUUCCUGGAAGUAGAGAUGUUUUUCUCACGCCCCUCAAACCACCAACAAAAUCCAGCGUCUCGGCAGAGGCAAUUAAUGCCUCCCUCUACUACCUCCAUGUUGCAUCUCCCGACGAUGAGAUCCUCCUCCAGGAAUACGAGCAGGAGCGUGAGGAGCGCGCAAGGUUACGCAAGGAAGGGCUGAUUGACGAUGAUCCGGACCUGCCGAUACCUCCGCUCGAAGUUGCGCGCUUGAAUAAUGUGAGGCGCAAACCUGUUGCUGUUGCUGGCGCCGGUGCUGGGACUGGGGCUGGCGGUGCGACGAAGGAUGUAGAGGCCCCUGACACUGCGCCUUCUCCAACGAAGCGGCGUCCUGUGCCUUCGAGUUUGCCUGUGCAGGAGGGAGAGAACAGGACAUCGGCUUUGUUAGUCGAAGAGAGGUCGCCUGUGCUGCCCCCGCGGCCGACUUCGUUCAAUGGUUCAAACCCAGAGGUAGUGGGGGAUCAGUCACCGUCUCCUGUUCUACCUCCGCGACCGACCUCCUUCAAGGCUGAUGAGAUUCCGUCGCCGGUUCUACCACCGCGUCCUACAUACUCUAAUACCUCGAACCUAGCAGGUAGAAUGGAGGAAGUCCGCCCGCCCAUGCCUCCACGACCACUUCCCGGUGUCCCUCAGGGAGAAGCGCCUUUCGACAACCGCACACCGCCGAAAAGGGCCAACCGCUGGAGUGCAUUUUCAGGAUAUAUCUCUAACCAUGUCCAGCGCGGCGACAGGGGUGAUGCCUCUUCCCCGGUUCGUCACAGCUUUGAUGCGUCACGGCCGCGAUCACGGCCUUCCUCGUCGCACGAUACAUCUGUGCCGUAUUCUCCUCCGGCAUACCCUACUAGAAGCCCUGGGCAGUCUCCUACUCGGCGACUGCGCCGCGACACCGCUCAGCCGCAGCGUCAACCUGGUUUUCAUAUUACGUUGAUCCGUCGCGACCCUAGUCACGGGAGCCAGUGGAAUGUGGCAACUAUGUCGACUCCUCAUCUAGAUGGCACUGGCAUCGAUAUCGAAGUGUCAACACCAGGAUAUAGCCGGUUUGCAGGCCAAAACGAGCCGCUUUCGUUAGAGUCUCUUGGCUUGAAUCUACCCGCUGAAGCCCGCAGUCUGCUUUCGCGACAUCCUAACAUCCCUACUCCUUCCGAGCUGCCAGACACUUCGGCACCGCGCGAUCCGUCUCAGCCUCGACGUUUCCACCGAAAGCUUCUCGUAUCAAGAUCUCACAACCAUGAAGAAGCGCGCAACUCGCGUGGGUCGCUGGACCUUUCUGGAGGACGUCCCUCAAUGGAUAGCAUUUCCGGAGCUUCUAUUAACACCCAGCAUCCAGCAUCAUCCAAGCUCAAGAGUGGAUAUUAUACAUUUACAUCACCGUGGAAUGGCACUUGUACGUUCUCGGCCAGUGUAAAUGGCCGGAGUCUAAAGUGCAAACACAUGAUUCCCUCCUCCGGGUUUUCCAACCCUACGCAAGACAAUCCCGCCGUGACCGUGGCCGAAAUUCGUUUCAACACCCCCUUUCAAACAGGCCAUCUCCAGUAUCCGGGAUCACAGCAUGCCUCUCCCUUUCUCCUCAGUCAGACUACGAUACUGAAGGACCCCUCAGCGCAUCACGAUCCCUCCACACCAUAUUAUUACGACCCUUCAGUGCCUCCCCCAUCAAAACGCGCCGCCAUUGCCAACCUCAUCAAUCAGAGACUGAACCGCAGGCCGUCGAAUAGCAGCUCAAGUGACGGAGGCGGCGACGCCCCUCCACCACUGCCCAUCCGGCGACCUCCAGACGAUGAACGCAUAGACCUUUCUCUCGCGCGCGAGAAAGCAGGCGGGGGUAUGCGCGGCGACAGUGCCAAGCUGGGCAAACUCGUUAUCGAGGAUGAGGGCAUCAAGAUGCUUGAUUUAGUUGUGGCCGCUUCUAUGGCUGUUUGGUGGAGAGGGUAUUAUUAUUAG